AUGAGCACCUAUUCCCCAAGUUUGAGAAGAGGAUCCGUCAUUUCUAACUACACUAACGAUUCUGAUAUUGCUUCAGAUAAAACACCUAUCAGUGGUCAACCAAAGAAACUUCGUAAACAAAUCAACAAUGACGAAUUUAAACAAAACUAUUUCGAAUUGAAUUUGAGUACAUCAACUGGUGUUCAAGUUUUGGCUUUCCAACCAGGUAGCGAAACCACUCCAAAGAAGAGAAAGAGAACAUCUAGAAGAAAGUCAGUUGCAGCUGCUGAAGAAGAUUCGAAUAAUGAUUCUCCAAGAGUCGAAACUAAACAAAAGAAGAGAAAGCAAUCAAUUGCUAAUAGUGUUGAUACUCCUUCGACUGAAGAAAUUCUAUUCACUGAAGAAGCUUUAACUGCUCUGGAUCAAAGUCUUCAUCAUGGUAUUUCAUGUGAUCAAGAAUUAUUCGAAAUAUUCCAAACUAAGAUGGAAGACGAAACUCCAAAGAUUGAAACAAAGACCAUACCAUUCAGAGAAUCAAAACUUAAGGGAAGAAACCUCGCUUGCUCAACUACAAACAUUCAAACAACUUCAAAAACUCCAAAUUCCUCUUCCAGAAAUAGAAGCACCAGUGCCUCUCAUCCAUAUAUCCUCAACCAAACCAAUUCGAAUACAAUCAGAAAGAGAAGUAAUAGCUGCGUGAGUGUUGGUCAACUUUCGAAUAGUCAACCAUCCACAAGUACCUCAUUUAUUCCAUCCAACAAUAAUACAACUAAUCCACAUACAUCUACUGCCACUUGUACAUUAUCACCACCUGAAAGAUUGAUGGCCAAAGAAAUGAAACUCAAUGUCUACCUCAACUUGAGAAGAGAAAGUGAGAAUUGUGGAAAUUCUCAAAAUUCUCCAAUGACAAUUUCUUCCCAAAGUGCUGGAACUCCUCAACCACAACAAGAUAUGAUAGGUGGUGGAUUGUCAAGUGCCAUGUCAGCUCCAACUUCAGCUCACUUCCAAAGAUUCGAUUCGAAUAACUUCCCAACUUUGAAUAACUAUUUCCUCGACGAUAAUCAUAAUACUUUCCAUUGGCCAAUGGAUCUCACUCAACAACAAUCCAUGCCAAUUAGCGAUAUGGUUUGUAAACAAUGGGUCAAUUCGUUAUUCCAACAAGAAAAUCAACGUUCCGUUUUGUCAAACGAAUGUACUGGAUUGGAUCCAGCACUAUUCGAAGCCCUCUUUAAUAAUAUUCAAGAUAGUAUCGAGCAACCAACCGUGCAACAAGCUCAACACCAAGCUUUAAAUGGUACAGGUGCUGCUGUUGCUUCCCCUCCAGUUCCAGAACUUUCAAUGGAAACACUUCAAUCAAUGGAUCCUUCUCAGCUUCAAAAUUUGAUUGAUAUUUUAGAAAGAUUGAAAGAAUCACAAUCUCCAGAUCAAAAUUCUGACUUUGGUGGUGUCAACCUUCAAACAAGUUCUGAAUUUUUGAUGGCUUCAGAAGAAUUCCAAGCCAACGACGACUUUAAGUUUGAAUUUUAAUUAACAAAAACUCAAUAAACAAAUGAUUCAGU